GCUACCGCCGCCGUUGCUAGGGCCGGGCCGCGGGGCUGCCGUUCCGCCGGGCCUCGAGCAGCGGCUCCGGCGGGAGCGGGGCGGGGCGGCUGCGGGCCCGCCUGGCAGUGCCGGGGCCCGGGCCUCGCUCGGCUGUGAGUGGAGACAUCGAGAGGAUUGCCCUGCGCGGCGGCGAACCCGGCGAGGGAGCGCGGGCCGCGUUCCUGUCAGCGGUUUCCAAAGCUGUCUCUGCCGAUCCAUCCCUUCCUGAAGGCGGCUCGCCUCGAACCUGGCGCUGUCCCUAAAACUGGGGGGAUGCUUUCUGAGUUUUGGAUGUCAGGGGGAAAUUCUUCACAGAGAGAGCGGUGAGGUGCUGGAACAACUGCCGGGAGAGGCUGUGGAUGCCCCGUCCGUCCCUGGAGGUGUUCGAGGCCAGGUUGGAUGGGGCCCUGAGCUGCUAUGAAACGUGAAGACAAUGCAGCUGUCCGCACACGCACCUUCCCUUUGUUCUCAACCAAAGACUGAACUGUCUCCAGGCUCCACGUCUUUCUGGCUUGGUUAAAGAUUUGUUAGACACGGAGUAAGCGAAGGAAAAAAAGCUAUGCUGUGAGGAAGUGCGUGUGGAGCAGCCCAGAGCUGUAACCCAGGAGGAGAAUGAGUUCUCUCAAUGGAUUUUCGCAGCACUCAGGGACGUGCGUUACACAGAAGGCGGAAGGUGGAGCAGUACAGGACCUGCAAGCUAAAAAAGCGGGCAAAGCAGCAAAGAAGGAGCCCAGCGGCAACGGCGCCCUGACCUUUGAGUCUCCUCCAGGUGUGGAUGCCUUCCUGAAUGAAACCUUAAAGCUUCUACCGGACGAACUCAAAGCUAACGUGAAAAUUAAAUCAAUUACCCCAAGGCCUCCGAGGAAACCCCGGCUGGAGCGUGCUGCAUCUUUGGAUGAGAAGAACUGGAAGAGGUGGAGGAGGUUUAGAACUAGUCAGGAAAGUCUGACCGAUCCCAACGAGACGAGUUCCUCCAAUGGUUCUCUGCAGGAAGCAGCCCUCACCUCUCCUGUCAGGGGUAGAGGAACCCCCUGUUGUGAGCCGAACUCCUUGCACAGUUCACCAGAUGCCUCAGAAGAAAGUCCCGUGGGGAAAAGCAAAGGAAGCACUUCUGACCUGGGGAAACGAGCCUCUGAGAUCUCCAGUGCCUUCGGCGGGCUUCUGCGUGGGAAAGCCUUUGUGGGCAGCAAACCCCGGCUGUCCCAAAUAACUCCAGCUCGACCUCUGCCGCCCAUGGAGCUCAACGUGGCCUCUCAUACGCUGAGGACAGCUAAUAAGAUUGACCCAGAUUUAAUGGAUUAUCGACAUUAUUCUCAGAACAAGUUUGGGAGGGUAAGCAACAGCUUGAGUGACACCGGGCUGCAUGGCAACGGGGUGCUCUACGAUAAUUGCUCCACAGACUCCAUGAAAUCUACGUUCAGCCUGCUCACUCCCAUUCGUUCCAAGGAUGUCCGAAGCAGAAGCUAUUUGGAAGGCAGCCUUCUGGCAAGUGGUGCCUUACUGGGAGCAGAAGAACUCAGCAGAUAUUUCCCUGAUCGGAAUAUUGGAAUUUUUGUGGCCACCUGGAACAUGCAAGGCCAGAAGGAACUUCCAGAGAAUCUGGAUGACUUCUUGUUGCCAACAGAUCCUGACUAUGCCCAGGACAUGUAUGUCAUUGGGGUUCAAGAAGGCUGUCCAGACAGAAGAGAGUGGGAGAUCCGCCUCCAAGAGACUCUGGGCCCCCACUACGUCAUGCUGUACUCUGCUGCACACGGAGUGCUCUACAUGUCGGUCUUCAUUCGAAGGGACCUGAUCUGGUUCUGCUCAGAAGUGGAAUAUGCCACAGUGACAACCCGAAUCGUAUCUCAGAUCAAAACCAAAGGAGCUCUGGGAAUCUGCUUCACCUUUUUUGGGACCUCCUUUCUCUUCAUUACCUCCCAUUUCACAUCUGGAGACAGUAAGGUGAAUGAGAGGAAGCUGGACUACAGCAAAACCAUUCAAGCACUUACCCUUCCUAAGGUCGUUCCAGACACAAACCCGUAUCGAUCCAGUUCUGGUGAUGUUACAACUCGGUUUGAUGAAGUAUUCUGGUUUGGUGACUUCAACUUCCGACUAAAUAAGGACCGUGAAACUGUGGAUUCCAUCUUGAGCCAGCAUCCAGAAACAGGCGUCUCCAAACUGCUGGCCUAUGACCAGCUUACCAGUGAAAUGGGUAGAGGGUCUAUUUUCAAGGGAUUCCAGGAGGCUGACAUUCACUUCCGUCCUUCCUACAAGUUUGACAUAGGCAAGGACAGCUAUGACACCACUUCCAAGCAGAGGACUCCUUCCUACACGGAUCGAGUAGUGUUCCGCAGUCGGUACAGAGAUGACAUCCAAGCUGUUAAAUACUCAUCUUGUCCUGUGAUCAAAACCUCAGACCACCGUCCUGUGUUUGCUUUGUUCCGUGUGAAAGUGAGGCCUGGCAGGGACAAUAUUCCACUUGCUGCGGGGCAGUUUGACAGAGAGCUCUACUUAAUUGGAAUAAAGAGGCGGAUUACAAGGGAACUUCAGAAUCGACGACAGCAAAAGGACCAAAAAUCCAGCAGCAUAUGUAGCAUUUCCUGAGCUAAGAACUCUGCAACGCUUGUGUUAGAGGUGCCUGGAAAGAGGAUUUCAAGCCACGGCAACAUCUGCAGGGAAUUGUCUGCUUUAGCACCUCUGGCAGUUGCUGGGGCCUGUGAAGAAUGUCUUAAACCUCACCCUGGAUUCAUUUGCAUGAGGUAAUCCAUACAGCUCAAAUGCUUUUGCUGAAGCAAAAAGAGUUGGUUAUUUAGGGCAUCCAUUCCAACAGACGCAAUAUUGUUGACCGUACUGUCUUUGGGAAGACCAGAUGCAGGCUGUCUCUUCUAAGGUGACUCCAUACAGGGUCCACAUCUCUUGGAACUGGCAUGGCUGGGGGCAAGGGACCUAAGAAAAACCUGCAGGAGGGUGAAAAUGUUGGUUUGUCUGUUUGAUUUGGUCAGGUUCCCCCUCGUAUGUUGUGGGUUUGGGUUUUUAUUCCUUACCUGUAGCCAAAUGUGCAGUAUUCUGUAAAAUGCUGAAUGGGGACCACUUAGGGAACAGGUCAGUUUUGUCUAUGGAUGGUUACUCCUGAGUUGGGCUUUUUUGGACCUCUGCAGCAGGAUCUGUAUGAGUGUACAGUCGUACAUUGGAGGUGUACAAACAUUGCCUUUCAAUAAUUAUUCUGUAGGCCUUUUUUGUUAGCAGGGAGGUGUGUAAAUCUCUCCCACCAUGCAUUUGUCUGUUGGGAUUGCUGGAAGCACCCCCUACUUCAGAUCACUCCCCCCUUUCUGCAGCAGGACGCUCAAGUUGGAAACAAUCGUCUAAAUGCAGCUACUGGGUGAUGUUCCACCAAAGUGAUUGAGAUGUUGAAUGAGGACUGAGGAAGGAAGCAGGGAAACUGCAGCAAGUCAGAUCAGUGCCAUUCUGUUACCUCUGAUGACAGUUAAAUUCCCUUUGUUUUCAUUUUCCCAAUUCAGUGAACUGUGAAUAACUUGCUGUUUUUGAUGUGUUGUUCCCCUAGAGAUAAACACACACAUGAACUGGUGUGGCACUGGUGAAAGGUUAAGUACAGCUAAUAUUUAUAGGCACAGAGUGGCUGGGCUAUUCAUCACCUCAGUACAUAACACCAUGCAAACAAUUUGGAAGUGCUGCUAACUAUGCAACCUGUCCAAGACAGGGCUUCUGUUCUGCGGUACAAACAUCAUGGCACUGAGCUGGCUGUAGCCACCAGCUAUUCGGAUUUCCUUUCUUUUUAAAGGAAUAAAAAUAAAUUCAUAUGGUACCAUAAAUGAGAGCCAGUCUUAUUGCAGGGCUGUCAGAACUCCAGCCGUUUGUGAUGCCUGCUAACCCUCUGGGUGACCUCAGCCAUUCUUCUUCAGCUAAAAAGUGAGACAGGCUCCUUUGCUAUUACUUGCACUGAACAAAUGAAGGGCAUUUCAGCUGCCAGCUCAGGAAAGGUAGUGCUUAACUGCUCCAUCUCAGAACUCUUGCUACUUGCUUCAGUCAUUUAGAGAUAUCUUUAUUGCCUUUAAAAACACGCACAGCAAUCGAAUGACUUCCAUUCUGUGAGUUCUGUAAGAAGCAAUGUAACGUGUUUUGUUCCAGUUAUGUAAGGUAUGGUGAUAAAGCAGAUCGUAGCUGCCUCGUGGCAUGCUGCUCCCCA